AUGGCCGAUUCAACUGACGCAUUGUCUUCGCCGACAGCUACUGCCACCAAGGGUACUAAACGUGAAGCUGAAUUGGAUGAUGUUAGUCCAACUAAAUUAAAAGCAUUGAAAGCAACAAAAAAUGGUACUAAUGGUGAUGCACCAACGGUAGUUGAUGAUGAUUCAUCUAAUAAUCAUAAAAAUGGAAACUAUCAUGAUGAUGAUGAUGAAGAUGAUGAUGAUGUAGUUGCUGGAGAUCGAGAAGCAGGCGAUUAUGACGAAGAAGAUGGUUCAGAAGAUGAUUAUGAUGAAGACGAGGGAGAAAAUGGUGAAGAUGAUGAAGGAGAUUCAAAAGCAUCUGCUGGUAAAUCGAAUUCUCGAAAAGCAGCCGCUGGUGCAUCGGCUGAUAGCGGUGCCGAUGAAAGUGGAGAUGAUGACGAUGAUGAUGAACAAGAAUAA